GAGCCUGGCUGCCCCCUGCACCCCCAAACUGAGCAUCAGCAGGAGGGGGAGGGAAGAGGCCUAAGCCUGGAGCCAUGGCCGAGCGCCGGGCGGCUGCCAAGAGCCGGCGUUUGGGAUCCAGCCGGCGCAAGCAGCUGCCUGGGGACCAUGGCGAGGCUCCAGCAGCAUCCCCCAGCUCCAGUGAGGCUCCAGCAGCAUCCCCCAGCUCCAGUGAGGCUCCAGCAGCAGCCCCCAGCCCCAGCAAAGCCCCAGCAGCAGCCCCCAGCCCCGGGGAGGAGCUGCCAAGGGCACCCCGAGCAGUGCAGGGGGCGCAGGAGUCCUGCGGGGAGCAGCACCAGGAGCAGCACCAGGAGCAGCACCAGGAGCAGCGGCGGUUCCUGACCGGCUCAGACACGCAGGAGCUGCAGGGGGAAGGUUUGCCGUGCAGCAGGGAGGAGCUGGAGCUGGGGCUGGAUGCUGCAGGCACCGGGCAGUCAGAAGUGGAGGAGUUCACUGCAGGGCUCUCACAGUCCCUGGGCUCCCAAGCAGCUGCCCGGGAGCAGCGCCGGCGCAAAACGGCGUCUCGGAGGCUGCGGCUGCUCCUCCCCAGCGCGGCCACGCGGGACGCACACGGCGAGGAGAGGAGACACCUCGCUGCCUUCAUGGACCAGCUGGGCACAGACAGCGUCUCUGGAGAACAGGAGAUGUGGCAGCUCUGGCUGAAACUCCGGCAGGACGAGCCCCAGCUCCCGGGCAACCCGGAGGCCUCUGUGGCCAAGACGAGGCACCGCAUCCAAGAAGCCAGGAGCAAGAAAGAAGCUUUGGAGGUGGCCCUGAUGAAGGAUGGAGCAGUGGCAGAGCCUGUCGAGAUGCCAGUGUCCCCACAGAGGAGUCUGGAGGACAGUGAGAAGCAUCCCUUGGAGUCACAGAGCAGCAAGCCCAGAGCCAAGAGCACCCACCAAGUGGUCUGGGAAAGGCUGCCAGCAGAAGCCCCGCUGAGAGUGAGCUCUGUGGACGAGGAGCCCUUCCCAGAGUGUCUGCAAGAGGAACGUUUCUCUGCCCAAAGCUCUUUGCUAAGAGAGAUGAGUGAUGCAAUCGCAGCUCUGAGCACACAGCUGAAGCCACAGGCUCUGGCUGCACUCCCUGCGCUGGCAGGCGCUGCCCAGCACCUCCAGGAUGCUGCUGAGCCCCAAAACGGGCUGCAGGCAGCUGCAGCCCACGGCACAACCCCCGGGGUCCUGCCAGACACCCUCCCCAGCUCUGUCUGUCCCCAGCUGUUGGAAGGAGACCUGGAGGAGGGACUGGCUGCAGCUGAGCUCCGAGCUCCAGACGUGACACAGGCUGAUGUGUGGCGGCUAGGAGCCUCAGGACAGGCAGCCCAAAGGGAGCUCCAGGAGCAGGUCUCAGCACAGGCACAUAAGGUGAGGCUUCCUGCUGCCUCCCAGCAGCCUGAUGAGCCACCACAUCCCAUGGGAACAGAGCAAGGAGCUGCCAGCUCUGCUGAGCCCCCAAAGCAAGAGAUGCCACCAAGAGCAGCCCUUCAGGCGAGGGCCCAACGGGAGGAAGACUCUGGGAAGGAUCAGUUGGGAGACCUCAGAGGCAGCUCCCUGGGGGAUGCAGCCAACAGCAGCACGAAGCCUCAAGGGCAGCUCUUGGGAGAGCAGAGUGAAGCCCUCAGUGCUGGUCACCAGGAGAAGCAGCAAGAGUUUGGGUGGCAAACAAAGCAGGACGGUGAGCCCAGCCCAGGAGAGCCAGGGGCUGUGGCUGCAGGGGGGGCAGGAGCUGCCCCAGGGGGUUGUCCUGAAGCCUGCCUGGACCCAGACCACCUCUACAACGUUCUGUUCAUCGGGGACUCCCAUGUGGGCAAAACGUCCUUCCUGUACCGGCUGCACGCCAACAGCUUCAACCCCAACCUCACAGCCACAGUAGGACUGGAUUAUCAGGUGAAAAACAUAGUUGUGGACAACAAGCACUUUGCCCUGCGCCUGUGGGACUCAGCUGGCCAGGAGAGGUACCACAGCAUCACCAGGCAGUUCUUCCGCAAGGCAGACGGGGUGGUGCUGAUGUACGACAUCACCUCAGAGAGCUCCUUCUCAGAUGUGAAGUACUGGCUGAGCUGCAUCCAGGAAGGAGCAGAAGAUGGAGUUGCUAUUCUGCUUCUUGGGAACAAAACUGACUGCAGUGCAGAGAGACGGGUUCCUACGACGGAGGGGGAGCGUCUGGCCAAGGACCAUCAGCUCCUGUUUUACGAAUGCAGUGCUGCCUCAGGCCACAAUGUCUGCGAGUCCAUGGUCAGCUUAAUCAGGUUGCUCAAAGUUCAUGAAGAUGAAUUGAAAAUCAAGGCAGCAGAGGUACCAAAGCCACUCCAGAAGAAAAAGGGCUGCUGCUGGUGAUGGACUCAGCCCCCACCCCCAUGGUCUGAAACCACAGCAGCAACCAGAAAGGUCUCAAAUUGUCCCUCAGACACCAUCUCUGCAAAAUCCAUUGCCAUCAUUAUUUAUAUGUAUAUUAUGGCAAAGCAUAACUGUAUCCAGCUUCUGCUUCACAAAAACAGGGUGACAAGCUUUGUGAUAACACUGGAGAUCACUGUGCAUGUUUCUAACUCUGGUACAGCUCAGCUUUCCAAGGACACGAGGCUUCAGAACUGCUCAUGCCCAUGUACGUGCACCUUUUUUCCUCUUUCCCUGUCUCACACAGCUUUGCAGUCCCUGGGCUGUUUGUAGCAGGCCCUGAUGGGCAGCACUUGCAAAGCUGAGAGCUGU